AUGGAUCCAGGCGGCGCCGCCGCCGCCGCCGCCAAGCGCGCGGUGUGGUGCUGGAUGUGGGGGAUGCACGACAACUCGGACGACGCGGGCGACGGCCAUAAGCAGUUCCAUCUCGUGGCCUCCGCCGAUUUCAGCCACGACACGCGUAUGCCCGGGGAGUUUGGAAACCACUUGACGAAUAUAACCCCCGAGUCUGAUCUUGUCAAACUUGUAGCUCACGACGAACCUAUUUCUGACUCUAAUCGAUGUGAAGCAAAUGGCGGUUCAGCGAGCGAUACUGAUAUGCAACUUGAAGUGACCUUGAGCACCUUGGCUAUUCAAUUCUUUUGCCGCUUUUAUGAGAAUGUCCACAUGCGUGGUUUGACUUGGCAGGAUGAUGAGUAUAUGCAAUGGGUCUCUGGAUACCAUCACAUAGAGCGAACCAAUGGCCUUUCUGCCAGGUUUAUGAAUGAGCUCAUUGGAGUUGGAUGCUACUCUUAUUUCCCCUUUGGACCAUUUGGGCCGGGAAGCACCGUGAUCACUAUUCCUGAAAGUGCAUGGGCUGAAAUUUCUGUUGGGCUUCAGAGCAUGCUCAUAACUAGGCUUGACUCUUUUCUUCAGCCCAAACAUUCCAAUGCUAUGGGCUUGAAUAAUUCUGCUUGCACUUUACCACCUGAAUCUGUAUGUGUGUUGGCUGAUGCUGCAGUGUCUUCAAGUGUGUUGGCUGAUGUUGCAGUGUCUGAUACUUCUAUGUUUGAGGCUGCUGUGCCGGAAUUUGCUACAGUGUCUGAAGGUGUGCUGGCUGCUGCUGUAGUAUCUGAUGGUAUUAUGGUUACUGCUGCAGUGUCUGAUACUGCAGUAUCUGCAUGUGCUUUGAACUCUACUGCAGUGCCUGAUGUUAUGACUGAUAUCCAUGAAGCUGCCGGUGCCAAUACUGUUAAGAAGAGGAGCAGAUCAGAGGUUGUGGUGGUGACUGAACAUGGUCGAGGACCGCACAGUGACAAGGAGAGAUGUGUGCCUAUGGAGCUCCCAUCUGAGAAUCCUAAAAGGAAGAAAUCUUCUGUUGUGAUGACCACAGGCCAACAGUGCCUUCAGAUUUCAGCAGUGCAGCAAAUGGGGGUUGAACAGUGCGGUAUUGAAGUUUGUUCCAACAAUCUCAUGGGACCUUCUCAGCGUCCCUAUAUUCUACCCAAGAAGACAACUCUACCUAGUGAAUUGGAGAAAAAAGUAAAGGAGAAAGUCAAGACUAUUCAAUCUGAACUUCCCAUCUUCGUGAGAGAGUUAAAAACAUACUCUGUUGUUGGCACAGGCCAAGGAGGAUGUGCUCUGGUAUUUUGCAAGGAAUUUGCUUCGGCAUGUGGCCUCCCGCACGCAAAGAAAACAACCAUACAUCUUCAGCUGGAGGACAAAACGACGGUGCCAUGGCCUGUCAAGUUAAUCUGCAGUGAGCAUAACAGCAACCAGAGGUGGCUUACCACGGGGUGGAACAAAUUUGUCACGGACAAUGGCCUGAAGAAAGGAGAUGCCUGCCUCUUCCAGCCAGACAAGAGCAGCAACACUGAGGGCCUUACAAUGACUGUUUAUCUGAUUCGCAAGUCGUCGGAAAAGGAGCUGUAG